AACAACAAACCACAGAGGGGUUCAACAAGUGUUCAGUUGUAUAGCUCCCCAUUGACUGAUGGAGGGAGCAUUAUCACUAUGUCUCACAGACUGACUAAGGAAGAACUGGAUGCACAGUUUGAGCAAUUUUUGAAAGAGUCCGUUUCAGAUGACUCGAUUGAUUUGGGAAGCCCUGACAAGCAGCCCUAUGCUAAAACCAGCCAGAAAUCAGCCCAGAAACCAACAGUGGCAUUGUGGCAAGAUGACGAUCACAGCAGUGGAAGUACAGGGAGAGGACUGCUGGAAUCUGCAAAGUCUUUCAGUAAGUCUUUGAGAAAAUCUCACCCUAUUCAAGAGGAGGAUGAAGAUCCAGAAGAUACAGGUUUGAAGAAAGAAGGGCUGGAAACUGCUUUCCUCAACCAAGACAACACAGAGACAGAGGGUAUGGCACCAGUUGUGAACAUGACCAGUAUGGGCUUGGACACACUGGAGGAAGAAGAGGAGAAGGCCAGGUUCUUUGCCCAGCUUGAGGUGGGAGCUUUGUCAACUAUAAAUUACUCCAAGCUGAACAGAGACCUGGACUCAACAGGUUCUACCAUCGCCACUGACCUCAGGAAAGCAGAGGAAGUGAUGGAGCAGAGUGAUGGUCAAAGCAAGGUCAGAGUCCCAGAGACCAUCAGGGAGUCUCCAGCCUUCACAGGCUCCCCACACUACAGUGAAGAUUUCGAAGAUGAGGAGAAUAUGAAAGAGCCACUGGAGGAGAAGUGUAAAAUGUCUGCAAUUCUUGCCAGAGUUUCUCUCUAUGAUUCUUUGGAUGAUGAUGGUGGUUACAAAAAAAAAGACACAGAAGGAUCACUAGACAAAGGCCACUCAUAUGUGCAAAGUGGAGGCUCUGAGAUGGAGGCGCUUCAGGAGGCCUACAGACAGGUCCAUGUUGUGGAGGUUUCAGAUGACUAUAAUCACCAAUAUUCAUCUGUGGAAGGGGAGGGAAUCAACAGACCUGUGUCUCCAUCCUCCCCUCCUCAACAUGCCCGACUGUCUCUUCAGCCUGCUUCUACCAAUGAGUCAGAGCUACCGACUGCAGAAGAACUAAUGAGGCCCAUCCGACCAGAGAAGGACCAAAUUAGAGGCUUCACUCUCCAACCUGUCAGUGCUGUGGAGUUCAGCCAAGAAAAGGAAUCCUGCUUCCUGGAUAGGACAGAUGUGUCUUAUACAGAAUCACAACUGAAGAAACCAAGAAAGUCUGUCCAAGUUUCAGGGGUAAAGGGAGCUGGGGGAUAUGCUAGCCAUCAGUCCAGCUCCCCAGAUCCUCCCAAGCAUGACCUAACAUGGAGUAUUAAGGAGGAAGUAGAGAGGCUGAUGCAGGAUCAAAACAAUUCUUCUUCUUACGCAACCUCUCGUGCUGGUAAAGUUAAGAAACAACGGGUCUCCCAUGGUUCCACUGUUUGUCAACCCUCUACAUCUUCAGUGGGGAAACCCACUGCAGCUCCUGUGAGAGGCAAGGGAAUAGAUGGGAGGACAGCAGUCAAUCCCAGGCUGAUGGGCAUGAGUAGAGCUACUACUACAGCCAAAGCCCAUAGCUCUGUUUCCCGUUUCCCACAGCACACACAAAGAGCCAAAUCCACUAAGAGCCAAGAAAAAGGUGACCACAAUUCUGCAGCAGAGUCAAGUCUGAAGGUGAGCAGUGAGCUGGUGGCAUCUGUUCAGUCCUUAGUGGCCGUCCUCCAACAACAGAUAGACACCAGCAGUCACCAGGAAGUCAGAGGUCUUCAAGAAACCCGAGUAACACAGCACUUUCCACAGACGAAUAGGGAUGAGCACAGCUCUGUGGUGGAGGAGUUGGGAGUCCAGCUGGCACAGAAAGAGAAAGAGCUACAAAUGAUGAAGAAAGGUGCAGAAGAGCUCAACUCGCUUAGACAGCAGAACUAUCUCCUGCAAAGCAAGCUGCGAAGUGCAGAAGAAGCUCGUCAGAAGAGGAGCUCUGCAGACCCUGCUACAGAGGAGAAGCUCCAGCAGAUUGACAAAGAAAUAAAAGAGCAGGAGACACUUAUCAAAGGUUACCAGCAGGAAAACGAGAAGCUGUAUUUGCAGAUGAAGGCUCAACAAGCCAAAAGUAAAGCCAAUGAAGAGGCCAUGUUUAAUGAAAACCAGAGGCUGCUGAAUGAGCUGGCUUUCACAAGGGAGCAGCUGAAUAAAACUUCAAGGCCUGUCGGUAAUGUGUGCCGAAUGGAUCACACUCAACGCAUUACAGAGCUUUUAGCUCAAAUACAGGCACUAAAGAGGAAUGAGGCCAAGCUGUGUGUGGACAUUCAGAACCUGAAACAAGAAAACCAGGCUCUUGUGGUUGAUCUGCAACUAAUGAAGAAUGAGAGAGACCUGGCUAAAGGCCAAGCCAUUUCCACCUCAGGUGAUAAGACUUUUGAGAUGGGGAUAUUGGAGGACAAACACAGAGAGGAAGUGGUGGCUCUGAAGAAGAAACUGCAGUGGUUUGCUGAGAACCAGGAGCUGCUGGACAGAGAUGCUGGCCGGCUGAAGGCUGCUACAGCAGAGAUACACCUGCUCAAAGAACAGGUAGAAAAACUGAAACAGGCUGUUGGAAAAAGAAGCACUGAGCAGCAGAGAAAGGCCAGAGACAAAUCUCUGGAUAUGAAGAAGAUGCAGAACUUGGAGCAACAGGUGAAGGAGCUUGAGCAGAUACUAAGAAACAGAAACCCAAACUCACUGCCUGCUCUGAUAUACGCUGCAGCCACAGCUGAUAGUCCUGAAGAUGUGGACGCAACCAAGACAUCUCUGCCCAGCCGGAUAACUGCUCUGCUAGAGCGAAGGAUUCAGCGUCUGGAGGCUGAGCUGGAGAGUCAUGAUGAGGAGGCCAAACGCAGCCUGCGAGCCAUGGAACAGCAGUUUCACAGGAUCAAGCUCCGCUACGAGCAGCAGAUUUCAGAAAUGGAGCAGCAGCUGAAACAAAAACAGCAGGAUGAAGGAGAAGGUGGGUCAAAGUCAUGGAUGUCAAAGGUUCAGACUCUGGAGGAAGAACUACAACGUGUGAAGGAGAACCACCAAGAGAAAGAGCACUCUCUCCUGGACCAGAUUGAGUCUCUUCAGCAGCAGCUCAACCACAAGGUAAAUCCUGCACCCCAAAAGGCCCAGCCGAGUCCAGGCCGACACCAGCGUCAAGCUGAGGAAGCAUUUGGCAUUCGGAUAGAGCGGCUGAACCAAGAGGUUGCCAUUAAAACACGAACCAUUCAGGAGCUGAGUCGCACUGUGGACAGAUUGCAGAAAGAGAGGAGGCACAUGUUGUCUUUCCCCAACCCACGACCAGAGAUACGUUCCACAGAGACCAAACAACCACAAGGCCCAACCAAAACACUCUGUUCCUCUACGGCACGAGAGGCAUGUGCAGAGGAAGAAACGUUUCCAGCUGCUCAGUAUGAAAAGACCUACCAGCCAACUGUCUUUACAGGGAGUCAUAUCUCAGAGGUUCUGCAGGAGAACGAGGCUCUGAAGCGGCGUGUAGAGCUGCUGGAGCUGCAGACUGAGCAAGAGAAGGAAGCACUAAAGGCUGAUGCUGUUCAAGCCAAGGAGGAGCUGGGCAAGCUGAAGGAGCACCUUGCAGAGCAGCUGUCUUCAGUGAAGGCAGAACACCUCUUAGUGCUGGACCGUCUGCGGGCAAGCCAUGCCCUGGAGCACUCAUCCUCAAAGGUUGCCGAACUGACCAAUAAGCUCAGCACUCAGGAGAUCCUAAUAAAACAGCUAAAGGAGCAGCUGAAAGAGCUGCAGGGUUCCAAAGAUGCCUUGGCAAUAUCCAGGACCAGAGAAAAUGCUCUGCAGAAGCAGCUAACUCGACUGCUGCAGGAACUAAAGGAAGCUAAAGAAGCUCAGAGCCCAGAGGUGAAACUACUGUGCAGCCUGGAGAGAAAGCUCCUCAGCAUGGAGCUCAGACACCAGCACAGAGAGGAGGAGCUGCAGCAGAUGAUUGGGGGAGCAUGGCAGACAACGGGUGUGGAUCAUCAGUCUGAGGUGGAACGCUGGAAACGCCUGGCUCAGGACAAAAGCAAAGAGCUGGAAGUUUUCCGAUUGGAGCUGGACUCCAUCCUGGACAUCCUGAGACAUCUUCAAAGACAGGGCGUGGUCCUCCCCGUCACAGCCCCUUUCUCUCAGAGGACUUAAUGAGUGCUCAAGGUUUAAAAGCUGAACACACUGAAAAUUGUGCUCUGAUGAGUAUUGAAACUAGUUCAUUCGAUUUGAUUCUCAUGGACAACCAGCAACAUUAGCCAACAUGCCCAAACUUGAUUUCAUUAAUAUAUCAUGUACAUGCACAAACAGAGACAGGAAGAUUUGAAGCUGUUCUUGGGCUGUACAAUUUCUAGUACUUACUUUUAUUUAAAUGAUUUUAAUUUAUGAGAAAUGCUGAAAAUAAAUGUUUUUGUCCAAGUCGUAACUGAGCCACAGUAUAUUCAAUACACUGUACGUAUCUCACUGCACUGAAUUGUACUAAACUAACACGACUGUAUUAUCUGUACUGCACCAAACACCUACUGGGAUAUUUACUCUUGAUGCACAGCUUUCUUCUUGGCUGCUAAAUAGUUAAAUUGUAUUUAAUAAAGUAACAGGCUAACAUUGA